AUCUUGAGAUUGCCAUUGUCCUUCGCGAGUAGGUAGGGCUUUCCUCCCAGUACACACACUCUUUAUUAUCUUUGAAUCUAGGCAAAUUUCUACCUUGCGAUUGCCUUUCCUUGUCUGCCGUUGGCAAUAUGGGUUCUCUCCAACUUCAUCGCACCGUCGAGCUGAAGACCAUCGAUGGCAUAACCCUGGAAGCAUGGCUUUUCGAGGUUCCGGGGCCGGCACCGGCCAUCAUCAUGACCCACGGAUUCAACUGCGUUAAAGAAAUGAGCCUUGCAGAAACGGCCGAAGCAUUCCAAUCGGCGGGCUACAACGUAAUACUAUACGACUCUAGAAGCAUAGGGGGAAGUGGGGGAUUACCACGGAACCAAAUCGACCCGUUGCAAAUGGCCGAGGAUGUAUCCGAUGUCGUUGGGUACGCUACGACAGUACCCAGUAUAGACCCACGUCGUAUUCUGCUUUGGGGCAUGUCUCUGGGAGCAACCGUCACCGCAGUCGCAGCAGCAAUCGAUAGGCGUGUAGCCGGGAUCGUGCUGGUGUGCCCCAUCUUCAGCUUCGUGCGGGCCGACAAGCGGCAGACUGCCUUCGCGCAGCUUAUGAAGGAUCGGCAAUCGCAGCUACGCGGUAACGAGCCGUUCACGCUGCAGCCUUUCAACAGCAAGGGCGAGAACCCGAUCGGGUACGCCGGGUCGGGCGGUCCGGGAGGCAAGGAGGCGUACUUCCUCAUGCGGACGGCGGCCGAGCGCGGACACCCCAACUUCCGGGACCGCAUCACGCUCCAGAGCUACCACAAGAUGGCGCUGUUCCGGCCCAAGGAGAUCCUCGAGGAGAUGCUCGAGGGCAUCCCCACGCUCAUGAUGAUCCCGGAACUGGACGACAUCAGCCCGGCCGCAGAGCAGAAGGCGGUCUUCGAGAUCCUGAAGACGCCGAAGCGGCUGUACUGGGCGAGGGGCAAGGGCCACAUGAGCAUCCUGACGGGCGAGGGGUCGAGGGAGAUCAGGGAGGCUAUGUUAGAGUUCUUUGCGGCGGCGCUUAGGAGGGAGAUAGUAUAGAUGUUAGAUAUGUUUGGUUGGGUAGA